CGGAACAACAUCCCACAAGCAACCCGAAGGUGCUGAAAGUCACAGGAAGGAGGAGGAGGAUAGGGGGCAAGGAACAUGGAGCUGAGCUGAGGAGAAAAGACCUCCGGAUAUCAGCUGAUGAAGAGAAACUGAUGAUGAAACAAAUGAAAUCCCUUGCCAGCCACUUCCGGCGCCCCCUGGAGGUGGCGGUGAUGAAAGUGGAAUGGUGGCCAAGCAGAACUUUGUAGAACAUAAGCGUGCAUCACAUGACGUGACUAAACGAGGUGUAUUUCUUUUACAAACAAGAAAAAUGCUUCAUCCUGCAGAGGAAAUGUGGGGGUGUGGCCUCUCCCUCUCUCUCGCUCUUUCUUCCCUCCAGUGCUUUAUAGGCAGCCGGUGGGCGUGCGAGCCCCCACUCAGCAGUCAUGACGGCGGUGGGGGUUCUGAUGCUGGUUCUGGCCUUUCUGGUGAGCGCUCGUAGCGAGGUGAGGGCCAGAGACCCUGAGGUGGAGCAGGAGGAGGACGGGGAGGACUGGGGGGACGGAGCGGGCGUCAUCAGUGCCACAGAGACCCCCCUGCUGGGAGAUGGUGGCAACUAUCCGGCCCGAAGCGGAAACUGGUGUGCGUUUGUGCAGAAGCGUGUGGUCAGCAUGGCGGUGGCGUGUGGGACGGAGAAGUACACCAUCAAAUCCCAAAGUCCCUGUCCCAGCGGAACACCCGACUGCCAUUUGAUCAUGUACAAGCUGUCCACGCGGCCGCUCUACAGACAGAAGCAGAAGACGUUCACAGCUCUCUUGUGGAGAUGCUGUCCAGGACACGGAGGAGACAACUGUGACGACACGGUCGCUGAAGCACAGACGCACUCUGGAAGCUCUGCUCUGAUUGGAGGAUCCAAAGAUGACAGUGCUCCUGGAGUUCUCCACACGGCCGGCAUGCAGCAACAGCAAGGAGACCCCAACAGUGAGCAGAACGACCACCAGGGGUCAGUCAACACACCACACAACGUCACAAGCCCCGCCCACAGCCCAGAGCAGGCCCACGCCCCCAAACGCCCCCACAUCCAGCAUCCCAGUCACGCCCACCAUCAGGACAACGCUCAGCAUCAUGUCCAUGUCCAGCAUCAGGACCAUGUCCAGCAUCCCAUCCAUGCCCAGCAUCCCGUCCAUGUCCAGCAUCCCGUCCAUGUCCAGCAUCCCAUCCAUGCCCAGCAUCCCGUCCAUGUCCAGCAUCAGGACCAUGUCCAGCAUCAGGACCAUGUCCAGCAUCCUAUUAAUGUCCAGCAUCCCAUACAUGUCCAGAAUGGGGACCACGUCCAUCAUGCUGCCAUCACACAUGAACAGCAAGAGCGUCUCUUUCCCAGUGUGGACGAGGCAGAGGUGCUCACCUUUCCUGACGUUCCAGGCGCUCUGCCUCUUCCCCACAUGAUGGCGCUGCUCAUGUCUCAGCUGCAGCCGCUGCUGGACGGCUUCAACCGCUCGCUGGAGCAGCUGAGUCGGCAGGUGGGCGCCCUGGCCCGCGACCUGGCCGAGCUUAAGAACGGACGGCGGGAGGCGCCGGAGGAGGAGGAGGAGGAGGAGGAGGAGCGGCUGGAGGCCAAAGUGGACCGAGUGUUCCACCAGAUGGGGGCGCUGCAGAGUCAGAUGGACAGCCAGCGCAAGGAGCUGGAAGGAAGGCUGCACUCCCAGCAUGCAAUGCUGCACUACAACAUCACCACCAUCAAGACCGACAUGGACCUCAAACUCAAAAGACAACACAAGCUCAUGCAGGUCAGCCUGCAGGCCAUGAACACCACACUGGCUGGGCUGAAGCUGGAACAGUACCAGAACCAGGACCAGGACCAGGACCAGGACCAGGACUGGCCCCUGGAGGACCAGCAGGAGUCGCCCCCCCAGGUGGCACAGACGUCCCCCGCAGUGUGGGAGGCCAUUGAGCGUCUGGACAACAUGGUGGUGAACAACACAGUCAAGGUGGGCGGGCUGAUGGAGGACAUGGAGGUGACGUCGGGCAGCGUCGAGCAGCUGAAGCGGGACUUGAAAACCCUGGGGGCGCGGAUCAACCAGACGGCCAGGACCAGCCAGGUCCAGUUCAUGGAGACGGGCCUGGAGGUGGAGGCGGCCAAGGUGGCGGUGCUGAGCCGUGUGGGCGAGCUGGCGGGCAACCUGAGCCAGCAGGGCCAGCGUCUGCAGGAGAUGGACGUGGACGUGGACUACCUGUACACCGUCCUCUACAGACACAACACCUCCAGCCAGUGCGACUGUCUCCGCCUCAAGGACGCCGUGGCCACACUGGAGAGGGGCGUGGCCAACGUGACGGAGCUGGCCAAUGAGAACCGGCUAGCUCUGGAUGAAAACAAGCAGGGAGGGGCAGGGCAGUGGGGCGGGGCCAGUGACUGGGAGCCAGCAGUGGAGGCGAUUCAACGUGGCCUUCAACAGGUGAAGGAGUCCGUCGCUUCGGACCAGGCCAGGACCAGGACUCUGGACCAGGCCCUGACCCGCCUGAGCAGCGCUCUGGAGGAGGCGACUGCGGAGGUGUCGGGCCUGAAGGAGGCGGACAGGAAGCGGACGGAGGAGAUGAAACGUCUGUCGGGGUCCUUCAACUCGCUGCUGAAGGACGCCAUUCGCCACAGUGACGUGCUGGAGCUCCUGCUGGGCGAGGAGGUGCUGGAGUUCCUGGAGUGGCCCCUCCAGGACCAGGAGGCCCACUCCAUCCCCGCCCUGAAGGAGCAGCUGAGGCUCCUGCAGGAGCAGCUCCAAGGACACAACCUCAGCCUCAGCUCGUUGCUGGGCAACAAGCCAGGAGUUCGGGAGGAAGUUCCUUCAGCAGAUCAGCCGUCUUCCUGGUUGGAGAGGGACAUGGCAGCACCUAGGGAGCAUCAUCUGCAGGGCGGAGACGGCAGCGACCUGUGGAAGCUGGAGAGGAGUGUGGAUGAGCUGAGGCUGAAGAUGCUGAGCCUGCAGGAGGAACCCUGCUGCCUCCAUACCGAGGAGGCAGCCCUUCAGACGGAGGUGGCGUGGCUGAAGAGAGGCCUGGAGGAGCACCUGAGGACGUUCAAGAGCAUCUUCAGCAACGCCGACGUGCUGGAGAGGAGCGACGCCACGCUGGAGCUGGACAAAGUAUGGCAGCUGCUCAGCAAGAAGCAGCAGCGAGGAGGACGCCAUCGCAGCAGGAGGCAGUCUGGAGACGUUCUCAGCCAGUCACAGGCCACCAUGCUGCUGCUGGCCGCCUUCCCUCACAGAGCGUCACACGGCGUCCACACGUUCAACGCAUCUCUCAACAGAGGACACUUCGACCCUCGCAGCGGCACCUUCACUGCCCCUGAGGACGGCGUCUACGUCUUCACGCUCACGUUGGACGUGAGGCCGCACGGCGCCCACCUGGGGCUUAAGAGCUCCUCGGGAGCGCUGAGGAGGCUGCUCCUCCAGCAGGGGGCGGCGUCACGGCCCGCCACUCACACCGCCCGCCUACGGCUCAGGAGGGGUGAGGAGCUGAGACUCGUGUUGAUGGGCGGGGAGUGGGUGGAGUCGGCAGACAACGCCUUUUCUGUGCUGUUGUUACGCAGGGACACUUGAGGGCGCUGUGAGCCAAUCAGCUGCCGGGAGGUAAAGACACUGAGAACAAUAGAAGAUGACGUCACUUGCGGAGCGAAUGACCAAACAUGUCACCACCAUCCAAGUUCUUUGGUCAGUCACAAACAUGAACAUAACACAACUUUCAAUUUAAACUCAUAAAAUACAUCAGCUAAUUUGCUUGGCUGUGUCUCAAAAAGGAAUACAGUAAUCCAUCGCUAUAUCACAGUUCGAAUAUCGCUCCCUCACUGUAUCGGCUACUGUCUUUCAAAUAAUAAUAAAUGAUAACUGUUUCGUGGUUGACAAUGGCCUCUUAUUAGUCAAAAUAUUGAAAGAUAAGUUACAUGUAGUAUUGAGGUCACUAGGUGUCAGUAAUGUUAUGAGGCAUGACGUUAGAUUACGUUACCUUUCACACUGCAUGGAAACUGGCUAUUAAGCUAGCAGAGCCAAGAUGACACACCACGGUUGAGAUGGAAAAAAAGGUUCUCUUCUCAUUCCGUCUGGAAGUGGUACAUUUUUGGCUCCUUUUCCCUUCUUCUCCACUUUAAACUAUGUAAAUCUGAGAGGUUAACUAGUUAGCUCGCAAGUUUGCUAUGCUAGUUGGCUAGCGCCGGCCAUCUUACUAGUUAUAUCCCUCCAGCAAUUCCGUAACCAGAAAAAUGUGAUGUAAACAAAGAACAGUAGCGUAAAAAUGACUGUUGGGUUGUUAUUUAAUGUCUACGGGGCUUUAAUCAUGUUAAAAACCCUGUUUCUGACUCAUAUAUAACCAAUUAACCGCCAUAAACGAGGGAUUACUGGACUUCCACCAGUACACGUCAGUAAGUAUACUGUGUACAGGGAGUACUGAGUUCCCGAGGUCCCAAAUCAAUUGCUGUCACUGUGCAGUUGCCAGAAAUAACCAUUGCCUAUUUAUCGCAUUCUGUUCAACUACUUUCCACCGCUACGUAGCCAAAAUGGCGACCAUUGAGCACCACAUCCGGGUACCGACACUACACUGCAACUUGUCGUACUUGUGCUCACAAAAGACAGCAUGAGUAGGGAGGUGCGCCCUUUGAGACACUCAGACGGAGCUCACUCAUUCCUCACCAUUGUUUAGCACAGUAAUAGUAGCUGUAUAGGGUUAAAUUCAUCUUUAUUGAUUUGAACUCAUGUUUGAAGAGAGUAGAAGAGUUUCAUCUGCUGAGCAGCGUCUGUAAAAGCCAAUAGACCUUUGCUGUAUACCUGAAAUGUAUGCUUUUAAUAUUUAUGUGCAAAUGGACAUAUUUAAAUAAAACAAUGAGCUUGUCUGUUCUAUUUAAA